AGAGAGAGAGAGAGAGAGAGAGAGAGAGUUGACCGGGCGUCUUAUGGAUGAGCUACCAGUUAAUCUCUCACACGCUCAAUGGGCGUUGAAUUCUUUAAUCAAAUCAUGCACCUUUGGUGUCAGCUCUCUCCCUCGUGUAAUUCCCCCAUAACAUAAAUUCCCCUAUUUAUUUACCUCUUCCCAGCAUUUUCUACUCAGACCACAACUUAUUUCUCUUUUCUGUUAUUUCCCCCUCACCGUAUUUUACUCAGUAAAUCGUCAUUGCUUCUAAUUAAUUCCUAAAUAUCAUCUAAUUUCUGCUCCCUGGUGGUUGGAUUAACCUGUUAAACAAACCAAGCACAAAAAGAAGACAUGGGCAGAAUUCCCUGUUGUGAGAAAGACAAUGUCAAGAGGGGGCAAUGGACCCCUGAAGAAGACAACAAGCUCUCUUCCUACAUUGCCCAGCAUGGCACCCGCAACUGGCGCCUCAUCCCUAAAAAUGCCGGUCUCCAACGAUGUGGGAAGAGCUGUAGGCUGCGGUGGACUAACUACCUUCGCCCUGAUCUGAAGCAUGGGCAGUUUUCCGAAGCAGAAGAGCAAAAUAUCAUUAUGCUUCAUUCAGUCGUUGGCAACCGGUGGUCGUUAAUCGCUGCUCAACUGCCUGGGCGAACCGACAACGAUGUGAAGAAUCACUGGAACACCAAGCUCAAAAAGAAGCUUUCGGGGAUGGGCAUUGAUCCAGUUACCCACAAGCCCUUCUCCCACCUCAUGGCGGAGAUUGCCACCACCCUGGCACCACCUCAGGUGGCUCACCUGGCUGAAGCCGCCCUGGGCUGCUUCAAAGAUGAAAUGCUCCACCUACUAACCAAGAAACGCGUCGAUUUCCAGCUCCAACAAAACACUGCAGCCAAUUACAACACAACCAUUAGUCAAGACGUAAAGGACAAUACUAUCGAGAAGAUCAAACUUGGAUUAUCAAGGGCCAUACAAGAACCUAAUAACAUGAUGCCAUCAAACAAACCUUGGGAUUCAGCAGGGGCAACGUCGGGAAAUUUUUCUGGGGUUUGUAGUGCUUUUCCGGCAUCAGUGUCCGGAUUUGAAUAUACUCCACCGUGUUUCGGCAAUGAAGGGGAUGGAUCUCUUUCAUGGAACCAGAAACUUGGCGACGAAAAUGGAGACGAGUCUGAGGGUGGAAAAGAGACUAGAAAUGGGUCCAGCAUGUUUAAUUCAGAGUGCGACUUAUGGGAUAUACCGUCUGAAAAUCUGAUGGAUUCUAUGGUUUACAGGAGUUCAUAGGA